UUCGACGCUAUUUCCAUGGGAGAUUACAAAGUCAUGGAUCGUACCCGUGCUGAACAAGAUUUAUAUUCAUUAAUGGUCCUGCCCACUGCUGUCGCAGAUAAAAUGGCCAAGAUUGCCAACGCUCGGCCUGACCGAUCAAUGGGAAUUUACUUUGUUGACUGCAACGCCAAAUUUCCUGCUAUUGAAAUAGAAGCUGGGCUUGACACUUACACAAUAAGGACUUCUGACCUAAUCAUCAAGAUCUUUCUUAGUAUGAUGGAUCAGGAUGGAUUGCUACUAGCAGUUCAACUCUAG